AUGGACCAAGAUCGGCGAGAGCGGGCGUACCGCUUCGUCGCCUUCUCAGCCGUCUCCUUCUCACUUGUAGCCAUCGUGGCCGUGUUCAUCACGCUGCCCAUCGUCAAUAACUACAUCAACUCAGUUCACGCUCGAGUCCAGAGCGAAAUGGAGUUCUGUAAGUUGUCGGCGCGCGACGUCAUGAUGGAAGUGGCAGAAUUCCGAUCGCUGCCUAAUAAACUGCUACCUGGAUUUAUUCACUCAGCUAAUGAGACUCGGCACAAGAGGCAGACGGCCAGUGCUUGCCAAGGUUGCUGCUUGCCAGGAUUACCAGGUCCCGACGGUCCACCCGGUAAGAACGGAAUGCCAGGACGACCUGGCGCACCAGGAGCACCUGGAUUCCCCGGAAGACCACCGGCCGUUUGCGAAGAAGUGACAGAACCUCCUUGCAAUCCGUGCCCACCCGGAGAGCCAGGGCCUCCUGGACCACCAGGAGAUGCAGGAAGUCCGGGUCAACCGGGUCAUCCCGGACGAAACGGGAACGAUGGACCACCCGGGCCGCAAGGACCUCCUGGACCUCCUGGACCACCCGGCGAGAAUGGAAGAGAUGGACCUAGAGGAGAACCAGGUCGACCUGCCUUCAGUACGCCGGCUAUUCCCGGAGAUCCAGGCGCUCCCGGGGAGCCGGGACCACCCGGACUUCCCGGAGAAGCUGGACAAAGCGGUCGCCCAGGAUCAGACGGACUACCCGGACCACAAGGACCACCCGGUCCACCAGGACCACAAGGACCACCAGGAGAAGUUGGACCACCAGGACAACCCGGACAACCAGGACCACAAGGAGAACGAGGUAUCUGCCCGAAAUAUUGCGCUUUGGACGGAGGUGUUUUCUUCGAAGAUGGUACAAGAAGAUAACGGAUAUUCUGCUAGUCUUCGCAUUCAAGACUUUUCCGCGUCGCUCUGCAAAUGUCCCGUUUCGUUUUUGCCUUGGUACCUGUGCCUGCAAUUGCGCUCCCGUUUCUCUACGAUCGCCAUCGGGGUUUUGAACCAACUCUUCUCACCGCUGCUCGAACAAGUUUCUGUUCUAGGAGACUUAAGUGGAUGUGUUUUGACUACUCUCAGAUUCACACGGCGUUAAUUUCUGGCACACGUUCUUGUACCCGGGUAACGUAACGAAACAGCCUUCAUCGUCUCCGCAC